AUGGCUUUACAAGAGGAAAAAUCAACAACACCCUAUUUCUUUUUGAAGAAACGGGGGAGGAACCUGCUCAUUGUGCAAGUUUAUGUUGACGACAUCAUGUUUGGUGGAACAAAUGAUUCCUUGUGUGAGGAAUUUGUAAAGCUUAUGGGAAGCAAGUUUGAAAUGAGCAUGAUGGGGGAAUUGAAUUUUUUCUUAGGGUUGCAAGUUAAGCAAACCCCUAAGGGAACGAUGAUAAGUCAGCAGAAGUACAUUAAAGAGCUCCUGAAGAGAUUUGAGAUGGAAAGUUCAAAGACCAUUGAUAGUCCUAUUGCCACUGCCACUCGUCUGGACAUGGAUGAACCUGGUUCUCCUAUGAACAAAACUAUGUAUAGAGGCAUCAUUGGUUCACUCUUGUAUCUCACAGCUAGCAGACCAGAUAUUGUAUUCAAUGUGGGAUUAUGUGCUAGAUUUCAAUCCAGUCCAAAGGAAUCUAAUCUGAAAGCUGCCAAGAGGAUUCUAAGGUAUCUCAAAGGAACGCAUGACCCGAUUCUCUAUUAUCUUUCAAGAGACAAUUUUGACCUAAUUGGGUAUGCUGGUGCUGGUUAUCUGGUGGAUAGAAAGAGCACAUCUGGCAUGGAUCACUUUCUAGGGUCAUGCUUAAUUUCAUGGGGUACAAAGAAACAAAAAUCUAUGACUUUUUCAACUGUAGAAGAUGAAUAUAUGGCAGCUGCCUCUUGUUGUGCUUAA